AGACGAGGUUAAGGGAGACGGAGCGAAGCGUGGGGCUGGGCAAAUCACGUGACUUCCGAACCCGCCAUUUGUAUUUGUCUGUUUCGAUGCAGUGUGUUUUGCAUCGAGUGUCCGAUAGUUUCUGACUUUCUGCCGGUAUGGCCACCAAAGGUGCUCGGUUUUGCUGUGCCAUCAACUGCAGCAAUAAUAGCAGGACCUCCAUCGACCCCAGGACGGGUCAGAAGUUCAGAUUUCACCGAUUUCCCACAGACAAACAGAGGUGCGAGCAAUGGAUUGUGAAUUUGCAAAGAGCAGAUUUGAAUCUUGGAAAUGUGCAGUCAAAACACGUGUGCUCUGCCCACUUUGAGGAAGUGGCAUACAACUGUCAGUCUGACAUUGCCACCUCCAACCUCCUGCCCUCUGCUGUCCCCACUCUGGUGCCACGUCCAAAUCCCCCAGCUCACACGCAGUUGACACGCAAGCCUCCUGCUAAGCGUCGUUGUCCAGGCCCUGUUCCCCCUCCUUCGCCACCUAUCCAGGCUGCGAGCUCACCAGAAACAUCUGUAACAGAGGCUUCAGUUGGUGAUGAGCUGGAUGCAAAGUGCACAAAUACUUCCCACAGCAAGAUGAAGUGUGAAGAAGAGGAGGGUCUGGGUGAGCAGGAGAGGAACUUCAGUCUGGACCAGGAGGACCCAGAUCUUCCACAGAUUAAAGAGGAACAGGAGGAACUUGGCACCAGUCAUGAGGGAGAGCAGCUUGUACUGAAGCAGGAGACCGAAGGCAUUAUCGUCUGGACUGGGGAAGAGCGUCUCAGGCUGCUGGAUACCAUCUGGAAACCUGAAAUAAAGUUACACAGAUUAGAUCUCCACCAACAACAUAUCUCUGACGCGGAAGAUGUUCUCGCAAACCAGCAGGUCUGUAACCAGGAUAGGAACUCCAGUCUCGACCAGGAGGACCCAGAGCCUCCACAGAUUAAAGAGGAACAGGAGGAACUCUACAUCAAUCAGGAGGGAGAGCAGCUUGUACUGAAGGAGGAGAGUGAGAUCUUUAUGGUGACUCCUAAUUAUGAGCAAAGUGACCACAGUGACCCAGAACCAAAUAGUGACCAGUUCUCUUCUCAUGACUAUCUUGAUCCAGAGAGCCAAGACCAGCCAGAAAGCAACCAUGUGCCCUUAAGAUCAAAUAAAAAGUCUUUAAAUUGUGAAGUUUGUGGAAAAACUUUUCAAUAUAAAUCCAAACUGGCUCGACAUGUUCGAGCACACACAGGUGAGAAGCCAUAUUUUUGUGUCACCUGUGGGAAAAGAUUUAAUCAGAUGAUACACUUGAAAAAACACAUCAGAAUACACACAGGUGAGAAGCCUCAUUCUUGUAGCAUCUGUGGGAAUAAAUUUAAUGACUUAUCAGCAUUCAAAGCUCACAUGAGAAUUCAUACAGGUGAGAAGCCAUAUUCUUGUAGCACCUGUGGGAAAGGAUUUAGUCAGAUGAUACACGUAAAAAUUCAUAUGAGAGUUCACACAGGCGAGAAGCCUUAUUCUUGCAGCACCUGUGGGAAAGGAUUCAGUAAUUUGAUGAACUUGAAAACUCACAUAAGAAUUCACACAGGUGAGAAGCCACAUUCUUGUAGCACCUGUGGGAAAACAUUUCGUCAAAAUUCAACGUUGCAAACCCAUAUAAGGAUCCACACAGGUGUGAAACCAUAUUCUUGUAGCACCUGUGGAAAAAGAUUUAGUCACGUUAAAAACUUGACAACUCACUCAAGAAUUCACACAGGUGAGAAGCCGUAUUCUUGUAGCACCUGUGGGAACAAAUUCAGUCAGCUGACACAUUUAAAAAGUCACAUGAGAAUUCAUACUACUUAAAUGCUUUAUACUGUAUAAAAUGUGAAAGAGUAGGAGUGUGAUAAUGGUAGAGCCCACACUGCUGAGAAGCUAAAUUCCUGCAAGAGGAUAACCUUAUAGUCUUGUUAAUAUAGUAUAGUUUCUGUCUGCAUUAUUUAUUCCAUUUAGCUGUGUUUUUGUUAUAAUGUAAAGGAAAGCCCAGUUUCACAAUAAUUUCAGACAUCAACAAGUAACAUAAUUUUAUCUCAAACAUAGCAGUUUCACUCUUCAGUUACAGAAACCUUUAUAAAAGCUCCCAACUCUGCCAGGGAGACAAAAAAGCAUCCUAACCUUUUAACACAGAGCAUAUCACCAGGAAAUGUCCCAAAAUGUCACGUAACAGCCUUUGGCAUAGAGCGUAUCAUGACAUGUUUGUGCACCCUAAAUACUGUGUAAAUAUUUUUUGAAUCUGAAAAUUCUAAUUGGUUUCUGGAAGCUGAGAAAUUGCACAGCCAACAUCAGGGGUAUUCAACUACAUUUUUCUAUGGGCCAAAUUGUCAUGAGGCUAUUUGCCAGUGGGCCACACAUUCCUCGGGACUCUUACUCUUGUGCAUACUUAUCGGUCCAGUUGUUAAAUUUCCUAUUUUCGCUGUCCACCUUGCGUCGCUUCUCUUUUGAAUGCAACAUGUUUGCAUCAGAAACUGCAGUCUGGCCUCCCGCCAACAGUGUAAACGGCAGUGCUGCAUGUCAUAAAAUGUUGUAAAGUGCCGUUCUUCUUCUUCUUGAGUUUAAUGGCGGUUGGUAAUCUAUGGUGCGUUACCGCCACCACAUGUAAGGAGUGUGAACUACAUGCCGUGGUUACAGUUUAGUCACAGCUUCUGUUAAAAUUUUUAUUUAAUAAUAGAGGUAAAUGGGCAGUGGGCCGGUCCAAAAUGACUGAUGCGCCGGUUCUGGCCCUUGGGCCGCCAGUUGAAUACCCCUGGCCAACAUUGUGGUUAUCACACACGCUGGUUCAGGAAGCCCGCAGAUCUGAUCCUUCAUUUAUCUCCCUUGCACACACGUGUAGAGGGCAGUGGAGGCAUGGAAAAAUGCCAGUCCAGGGUUCUAGCCAGAAAAAAAAUUUCAGUCCGGUGUGUGUGUGUGUGUUUGGAGGGUGGGGCUAAUUAGUAUUAGCUUGCUAAUGCUAAAGGCUAAAUGGCGUGCCAGCUUGUUAAUUCAGUGAUGGUGAACAGUUGGAUAUUAUGUAUGUAAUAUUCUGUGAUAAUGGUUGGUCCUACGGGUCAUUGAAGGCACCUGAAUAUGAUUGGAUCAUGUGACUUGAUGAAGAUAGGGAGUGUGGAUCCCUCUCGUCUGUGUUACGAUGCUCUGAAAAUAAGAUGCACCUUUUCCUGCAGCUACUGGUGAAAAAAUAUUCUUUUUAUGCAGCACGUCAGUGUGUUAUCCUUGUGAGUCUACAAAGACAAGAAACAAGACAAGCUCCUGCGAUUUUAUAUUCAAUAGGAAGCACAAAAUUGCGGCCUUUUUCCUCUUCCCCCUUGGUUUCACACUGGUUGCUAUUUUGCCCCGCAAAAUCAACCGUGAACAGGACCGUCGCGAGAUUGUGCUUGCACACUAAAUUAGAAGAUGCUCAUUUAGCCUGGAAAAAGAGUUUGUUGCUCUAUAAAAAAGCCCUCCGUAAAGCUAGGACAUCUUACUAUUCAUCAUUAAUUGAAGAAAAU